AUGUCUCGAACACACGGACGAUCUCUCGACUUGUGCACGCUGAUUGGUGCUGGUUAUGCACGGGGCUCGACGCGACGCGAACGCGGAAAACGCGUUGGUCGCCAUUUCCCACUCCCCCUUCAAUGGCCAGCCCCACGGUCCUUAAACAAUGCAGUCGCCUCUCCCACACCCUCAUUACGCAUUCUCUUCGCCAUUGAUCCUUUCUAUCUCAACACCGUAUCCAUUGUAAUAUCAUCACCCGCCAUGUCGCCUAUUCCUAUUGCUCCCGGCCAGCUCCCGGCCGAGCUGGUCAGUCUCCUCGCACUACAUUCAUCCUUUCUCACUGCGCUGUCACUGCAUUACGCGCAUAAUGGCACUUCGACACCUGCCGAUCUACGGGACUUGACUGCAUCGACUACAUUGGUUUGGCGGCAACGGAAAGUCACAGUCGACGACGUCCGACUCCUGAUUGGCAUCCUUGACCACGGACCCUCUGGACGACACAAUCCCUACUACCUUUCCGACUAUGGCCGCGGCAAGAUCUGUAUCGAAAUCAAGGAUGAGAGCCCACUCAUGGAUGGAAUGACGCACAUGAACGAGGAAGGUCUUCAGGAUAUGUUCAAGGAAGGCUUGGACAGUUUAUGGCAACAAUGGCGCAUCUCGCAAAAUCUAGCCACACGCCCGAUUGCUAUGCCGAAGCGCGGUCGUGGAAGACCAAGGAAGGCCGAUAUCAAGCACGCACGCAUGGAGACGUUUCUCGAUGACGACGCCAUGUCCAGCUUCCUCGCCCAGCUCCCUCUCGCCGACGUGACAGCAUGCGAAUCGUUGGCUGCACUUGCGCCCGCGCAAGAAAAGGGCCGCAAGCGACUCCGUGAAUUCAAGGAGAGCGUACAACACGGCCGUGCGCAGAAGAAGAAUAGGUCAUCUCUGGGCAAAGAAAACGAGCCCGCGAUCCUGAACCAGCCAGUCCAAGCCAAAAUCACCGAAUUCGCCGCAGUACGCAAGACAAAUCUCCUGGACCGCAUCCUUGCAAAGCAAGAAGCUGCGAAAAUUGGCCCGUCUGCACCUACGCCCGCUGAACUCGCACGCAAAGCUGCGCUUCAACGUACACCAGAAGUUCUCGGCGUUCUCUCUCUUCUCUGCGCAAAUCGCCCCGGUAUACGCGUUUCCUUUUCCAUGGCUACGUUUCUCCAGCAACUGCAGGGCUCAAUACGGACACCAAUCUCGAAAGAGGAGGCGAUGAAGUGUGUAGAAGUGUUGGCGAGUGAAGUUGCGCCGGGCUAUGUGUCUGUGGUGAACAUGGGUACUAUUUCUAGUGUGGUUAUUAAUCAGGCCAUGAGGCCGUUGGACAUCAAGAGUAGGCUUGUUGCACUUGGUGCAUGA